AUGGUCAGCCCGACACGACGAUUCAAGGCGCCGACCGCUCCCGACUCAGGGCAACGCCGGCCCAAACCCCAUCGUUCUGUUGACCGUUGCAUCGUCGGCAUCAUCGUCAUCAUCAUGAGCGUCGCUACGUGGAAGACAGAACUCGCGCUGAAAUUCACAUCCCUCACAUCAGCCCAAAAUGUGUCUCUUUUGGACUCUGCCAAUGAUUCAGAGACCCACUGGAACACGAACCAGCGGAUUGCGUGGCUGGUUGGGAUUGGUGUACUUGCCUAUACGUUCGUGGUGCUGAAUGAAUUCGUCUUCGGCUUCAAGGCGCCCAAGGUAGGGCGGCGGUCUUUCUGGGAACCAAGAUGGCUUGUCGGAUUACGUUUUGCACGGAAUAGUGCUCCAAUGGUUCUCGAAGGAUACCACAAAUUCAAAGGCCACAUGUUCAAAGUGAUGCGCAACGACUCGGACAUCCUUGUCCUCCCGCCAAAGUAUGUCGAGGAGCUUCGCGAUAUGCCCGAGGACAAAAUUAGCGCGACCGAUGCAAACAUCAAGAACAUGGUCGGUCGUUACACCGUUGGUAAUAUUAGCGUAAUUCGGGACAGUGAUCUCCAUAGACGAGCUCUGCAGCAGAAGUUGACACCUGCCCUUGGUACGCUGAUCCCCCCGGUUAAGGAGGAGCUUGUCUUUGCCCUCGAGGCCGAGGUAAAUCCCUGCAAAGAUUGGACACCAAUUCACGUCACGCCGUUGAUCAUCAAUGUCGUGGCACGCGUCUCGGCACGUAUCUUCGUCGGUCCCGACCUCUGCCGCAACGCGGAAUGGCUCUACACGAGUAUACACUACACCAGAAACAUUGGAAUUACCAGAAAUCUGCUGCGCGUACUUCCUCCCGUUGUGCGUCCUGUAGUCGCGAGGCUAUUGCCCUCAUACUGGCGCAUAUAUUCCAACCUAGCGGCGGGGAAGCGGCUCCUUGGACCCAUCAUCGAAGACCGUCGCAGGGCGGCCUCUGAUGAUCCUGCCUGGCAGAAACCUAACGACUUCCUGCAGUGGCUGAUUGACGGCGCAAGGCCCGAGGAAGGGAGUGUAGCAGAUCUGGUGCACCGACAGCUCCUUGUUAGCCUCGGGUCGAUCCAUACGACGUCCAUGAUGUGCACACACUUCUUUUUGGACUUGUGCGCCCAUCCAGAAUACCUGAAGCCCCUGCGUGACGAAAUGGUGGCUGUACUGCGCGAGGAUGGCGGCUUCAAGAAAACGACCCUGAACAAACUGCGCAAGCUGGACAGCUUUUUGCGUGAAUCACAGCGCAUGAACCCGCCUUUUACCUUAUCAUUCCAGCGAGUUGUCCGCAGGGCCAUAACUCUGAAAGACGGAACUUGCAUACCUGCCGGCACGCACCUCGCCAUGCCAUCCGCCGCUAUGGCCCACGACGAGGCCCUGCUGCCAGAUGGUGGUGAUCCAGAGGCUUUUGAUGCUUUUCGCUACGAGCGACUCCGCCAAGAUCCAUCCAGACCCGAGAACAUAAAUAGGUUUCAGUUCGCCACAACCGAUUCGUCCACCCUCCACUUUGGACACGGCAAGUACGCUUGUCCGGGCCGCUUCUUCGCCAGCAAUGAGAUCAAGGUGAUUCUUUGUCAUCUAUUGCUGCGUUACGACUUCAAGUUUCCGGAGGGGCAGAGGCGUCCUGCGAACUGGAGCUACGAGGAGGCCUUCUACCCGGACCCCACGGUGCCGAUUCUGAUGCGCGAGAGGGCUGCAGGUGAACUGGCCCCUGACAUCGCCGGCCUUGUUGGUGCCUAA